AUUUCUUUUCUUUUUCCCAGGAUCCAAACAGAGCCUUCGACCACAAACGCGUUUGAGAUUACUGUAGAGAAUCAGCCAUGGUUGUGCCAUCUUCUUCCUUGGACAUAUAAAACCAGAGCAUUCUUCUUCUGGGCUCCUCUCUGUUUUGGAUUUGAAGGAUCCACAAAACCCAUACCAGGUUCAAUCUCUACCUCAACUUUCUUUACAUUCUAAUCUGAUUAUUCAUCUAUAGACUUGCCAUCGAAUCUCACAAUCUUGAAAUGGGAUAUGGAUUACAUGGACAUUGACCAGGUAUGUGACGUGCCUGACACUCCAGAUAGAUUGGCUGCACAGAAUAUGAAUCGCAGACGUUGUAUAGAAAAGGAUAGUCAUCCAGGAAACACCAAUUUUUUUGAUGAAGGGGCUAGAAAUCAACUAAGAGGCAAGACUAAACUGGUAAUUGAUGGUGGGCCUGGCAAGAGAUUGUCUUUUUCCCCUGGAAAAAAUCUUAGUAUUUCCAACAAAUCUGAGCGGGACGGUGGUUUGACAAUUUCCUUAGGGAAUUCAUCUUCUCCCAAGAAUGCUCAUUUGUUUAGGAGAAUGAUGGUGUCAGACAAGACUGCUAAUCGCGAGGACAAAUAUCCUUUACAUUAUCAACAUACAGACAAAGGGAAAGCUCUGUGUGAUUCUCAAUCAUCAACUUGUGGAGAAAAUGCUGUAGUAGAUUUGACAGACCAUAGUGGGUCUGCCCAAUUAUUCCAAAAGGCAUUCCGAAAUAGAUUAUCAGAAGAUCAUCAUGCCAAAGAAACUGGAAAAGGACCAAUAUCAACCAAUGGCCUCUCUUCUUUACGUGGGAUAUCAAAUUCUUCAAUGACAGCCCACAAUGCCUAUAAAGGAAAAGAAAAAAUAGAUGAUACAUGCAAAGGAGGUUCAGGUGUUGAUCAUGGAAAAGCAAUGUUUGGUGAUUCUCAAACUAAUGCUGGAAAGAGUUUGUCUUCAUCUUUUCCUUCUAUUCCCUCACCUAGAGUCAGUGGGCAAAAAAGAUUGGUGCGGAAUGGAUGCAUCUCUCCACAUAAUGUAGCAAAGGCCAAACAGUUGGCUGGAAAUCACAGUUAUGGUUCCACAGAUGUACAGAAUGAUAAGGGAACUCUGGUAUCUGAUAGCUCAUCGAGUCUGCUUAGGGAUUUGGUUGCUGAAGAUGGUAAUUCUUAUAGAGGACAAAGGUUGAUAAGUCAUCUUUCUUCAUCAAAAGAACCGGAUACAAAAACUAUAGAUUUGACUACCAGACGUUCAACAACUUACAAUGAAGAGUCCAGUGGAACUAGUAAUUCCAGUGAAGGACUGGGUGGGUGGCGAAGUACACAUAACCACGCACAGAAAAUAAAUCUCCCCUUGUCUGAUGAGGGUCAACCCCUUUCCAGGACAAAGGAUGCCCCAUUUUUUGUCAAUCAACAACAUAAAAACAGGAUGAUGAGAAGAGAUAAGGGGAAUGGAAGUAGUAACAGGAUUGACUAUCACGAUGAUCAGAAUGCAAUUUCUUUCCAGCAUGGGUCUGCUCCAACUGUAUCUCGAGCAGCAGCCCGCCCAGUGUCACAGUCAGAUCAAGUUAAAGGGCGUCGUACUGUUGCAAGCACUCUUAUUAAAAGACAAAAGCAGGGCUCUGCUUCAAGUAAUCGUGGUGAGACCUCUACAUCGACCUCUGUUGACUCAGAAAUAGUGUUUCUUGGCUCAUUAGGUGAGCCAUCAAAUUCAAAAUCAACCAGAAACCAGAGUGGUCAUGCUGUAGGCAUUUUGGAUCCUGUUAUUGAACUUGAUGAAUCCUCCCCUGAAAUAAGACGCAGUGGCUCCCACAAUGUAGGUCGUAGCAGUAAUGUUGACUCAGAUACUAGGGCAAGACAGCUAGAAGCAGAUGAGAUGUUGGCCCGUGAACUUCAAGAACAAUUGUAUAAUGAGGGGUUGGGAGUCGGAGGUGGUGAGAUUGAUGCACAUAUAGCCUUGGCUUUGCAGCAGGAGGAAACUUCACAGCAUGCUUUUUUUAGUGAAAAUCACCCUGUUUUCAGUCCUAGAGGUUCAUUAAUUUCAAAUUUGUAUAGACAAUCCCAAUCACGGUCUUCUCAAAACCCUUCAAUUCGGAGAGGCACUCAGGCUCGAGGUCCUACCUCUUCACGAUUGACACAGCUGAGGAGUCGUUUACCCAGACAUGUACCUAGGACAUUAAAUAGGGAAAGAAAUCCUGUCUUUCCUCCAAACAUGGAUUUGGAUAUGAGAUUUCAUAUAUUGGAAACGUUAGAGGCCUUUAAUGAUAUGGGAAUGGCUGGUAACUUCCCUCAAGUGCAGCGUGAAUUUAAUGAGAAUGACUAUGAAAUGUUAUUGGCACUCGAUGAGAAUAAUCACCAACAUGGUGGUGCAUCCCGUCAUCAGAUUAACAUCUUGCCACAGUCGACAGUUCAGGGUAACAAUUUUGAUGAGGAUUGUGCAAUUUGUCUUGAAACCCCAACCUCCGGAGACACAAUACGCCACCUCCCUUGCUUGCAUAAAUUUCACAAAGAGUGCAUUGACCCAUGGCUUAGAAGACGAACAUCAUGCCCGGUAUGCAAGUCAUCAAUCACUUGAUUAGGAAGUGGAAUUUUGUUGCUCCACAUCUUUUUGCUGUGAACGACACCAAAUCUGUGAGCAGUGGUAUUCAGGGUGUCAAGGUAAAAAUCACAAACACACUUGUAGUGCAUUGACACUAUUUUUGGCUGCAAAUUUGUGAUCGAAGGGAAAAAAACUACCCUUGCUCUAGUUUUGUUUCACUGGAGUUUAUGGAUGCGAAAUCUGCUUUGGGAUUAAACUGAGGAUAAUGUAUGCAUGAUACUUUUUGAAUUGAUUUAUGGUCAUGUUCGAAGUAGCCUGUUGCUUGGGAUUGAAUCAAAACCAAGUCUUGUGCUUCAGAGCAAUUGCCGAGUCAUAUAUUAGAUUUUAAUGAAAGCCAAUGUGUAACGGACGGCAUCAAACUUGACCAACGGACUUGGCUUGUCAUUGUUGGGAACCAGAUGCCAUAAGCAAGCUGCAAUAUGGAACGUUUUGUCAGGUCCAUUGUGGCUUUGUCAUUUUGGGGCUUCAAUGGCAAGAGAACUCUCUCAACUGGUCCUCAGUCAAAAUUCUACUUUCCUGUCUCACAGACAUGAGCUUGGAAGUUUUAGCCUAAUGAACAAAUGUAAUUGUAUUUUUACCCAUAUUGAUGCUUGCAAUUGAUGUUUAUCUGCGACA